GCGAUGAUGGCCAAGACAGUCCCGCAUAUUACGUCCCGGCUUUCAAGGGCUCGCACAGCAAGAUUUUCAACAUCAUCAAGAUCGUUUGGAUAUGCCGAUACGCUACCCAACCUGAAGAUUGGUGCACACACCAAGGUAUUAUAUCAAGGAUUUACUGGCCGUCAGGCAACUGCAAAUGCCAAGGAGUCAUUGAAAUGGGGAACAAAAAUUGUUGGCGGAGUUAAACCGGGGGUGGAAGGUGAACAUUUGGACUUACCCAUUUUCCCCUCGGUGAGAGUAGCCAAAGAGAAAUCAAAUCCGGAUGCAUCUGCAAUCUAUGUGCCAGGGAAUCAGACAGCGCAAGCAAUUGAAGAGGCGAUAGAAGCUGAGAUUCCUCUAGUCGUUGCCGUUGCAGAACAUGUUCCAGUACAUGAUAUGCUGCGAAUUCAUUCCAUACUCCAGACACAGUCCAAGACGAGACUAGUAGGAGCCAAUUGCCCCGGUAUAAUAUCUGCAGUCGGCAAAUGUCGUAUAGGGUUUCAGCCUUUACCAUGUUUCACCCCCGGUAGAAUAGGGGUCGUUGCCAAAUCUGGCACAUUGAGCUAUGAAACGGUGGGAUCAUUGACUAGAGCUGGCUUAGGACAAAGUCUUUGCAUCAGUAUGGGAGGUGAUGUGCUGGCGGGAACAAAUUUUGUCGACGCGUUGAAAGUUUUUGAGGAUGAUCCGGACACCGAUGGCAUCGUUCUCAUUGGAGAAAUUGGGGGUACCGCUGAGAUGGAUGCGGCAGAGUGGAUAAAGGAUUACCACAAGAGGACGACGAAACCCAAGCCGAUCAUGGCCUUAGUUGGAGGAUUGGAAGCUCCUAAAGGCCGGGUAAUGGGACAUGCUGGAGCAUGGGUCGCACCCGGCGAGCCUGAUGCUAGGGCCAAGUAUGAGGCACUUCAGAAGGCUGGAGUAACUCUUGUGAGCCAUCCAGAGAAAUUCGGGCCUGGAAUGAAGGAACUCCUCAAGGACACUGGACGGCUUUCAAAUUCUAGCCUAUCAUCAGCGUCAGCUGGUCAACGGAGAGGAUUUCACACUGUGAGACGAGCCAGAGUUACUGUCUGGCCUGCUCAACGCCGUUCCCUUUACAUCAAACAACACGAGGCUUUUGAUAUGCUUGAAGAAGCAAAAGUCCAGACGCAAACGAAACAGGCUUCUCCAGAUGAUUUUCAUCUAUCAAUUACCGUUGAUCGAACCUCCCUUUCGCCGUGUGUGGCUGUCUCGUCUGGUAAUCAAUCUCUAAAAUCGUCCUUAAGAAUCCCGUUCAACUACACAAACCCUGCAUUCUCCAGAGCUGCAGACAAUACGAUUCAAUCGGAAAUCGUCUCGUUCCUUGGUUACAGCGACGAGUGCCAAGAGACAGUGGGAAAAUAUCUCCAACAGCUCUACAAAAUAUUCAGGGAUAACGAGGCCUUUGUGUUGGAGACAAGAGCUUCAUUUUCACCGGAUAAGGAAGUAGUCGUGCAUGAUGCAAGAUUUGGAUUCGAUGAUGCUGCUCAUAAGAGCUCUGGACGGCAUGAGAAACUGCAUCAGCUUCGAGAUAUUGCUGCUGAAGUUCCUGAAGAAGUUAGGGCAGAGAACAGUGGUAUAGUCUACAUUAAACUCGAAGGCGAAGGAAGCAUCGGUACACUGGUCAACGGAGCUGGCCUUGCCAUGAAUACUGUAGAUGUUCUUAUCCUGAAGGGCGGCAAACCGGCCAACUUCCUAGACACCGGCGGCAAAGCGACGGCGGCCACCGUGAAGGAAUGUUUUAGUAUUUUGUGCGAGGACGCCCGAGUAAAUACUAUAUUUGUCAACAUCUUCGGUGGGUUGACUAGAUGUGAUAUGAUAGCGGAGGGUAUCAUGGAUGCCUUCCGGGAACUGGACAUGAAAGUACCCGUCGUUGUACGAUUAAGGGGUACCAAUGAAGAAAAGGGGCAGAAGUUGAUUGCCGAAAGUGGUCUACCAUUGCAUGCCUUUGACAGUUUCGAUGAAGCGGCUGAUAAGGCCAUCAGAUUCGCAAGAGCCGAAGCCUCAUGAAGAUCUCAGCAGGCUUAGAGCAAUGCAGAUACACUUGAGAUCAGAGAUAUGGGUCGGGAUUCGGGCGUCAGCUCAACGUACUAUAGUAGAACGGCAUUCACAAUAAUGCAUUAUUGGACUGUACAGACUAGACACUGGUGAACUGUCAUUCAAAGAAUUCUUGUUGGGAUUCUGUGUCCAAAGUUACCGAGGUAUCUUCCGAAGAGGGUAUAGUCAAUCGGAAUGGGCCAGGCAGAAAAUCCACCAUUAUGGAGUUAUGAUCUUAAAUCCA